CUAUAUCUGGUCUCCCACAGACCCUGCAUUCACUAUAUCAGUUUCUCCCACAGUGCACAGAACAUGGAAAUGCAAUUAGUUUUGUAAAUAUAAACUACUAAAUACCUUUUCUCAUCAGCAGUUAGAGCAGUUUUGUGACUUCUAUCAGUGUCCAGCAGAGCACUGGUCAAAGCUUGUAGGAGUUUUCAUUCUGCUCUAGGAAAAUGCAGAACCCAUGACCUCUGUCUGGACAGUGCUGAUUGGCCCUGUGCUGAUCACAUGCACUCUCCCAAUGAAAAAAAAAAAAUCUUUAGCAAUACACAACAAGCUGAGCAUGUGCAGAGUAUCUCCACACAAUAUGUCUUAUCAGGAGAUCAGA